AAAAAGAGUAAUAAAGAAUGAAUCUUGGGCAGUAGCUAAAAACAGCCUUCAUAUUUCCAAGUCAUUUUUGUCAGAAAUAUGUGGGUUUCAUUUACAGGAACUCCACUAUCAGGUGCUUUUAAUUAAGCUUUAGAAUCCCAAAAUAAAGAAGGGGAAGGGAGAAAAUUUGGGGUUUAUUGACCAAAAUAAUUACAAAAAUGGUGAGUAUGUACUAGGUCACCCAUUUCUCUACAACUUUGAUGGUGGUUCUUCCUUGAUUCGAAGGUUGGACCUACACAUCAAGGAAUUUCUCGUUUCAUAGGAUCCUUCCUCACGGAAAACAUGAAACGGGAUUCCAAAAAUGCACUGUGCAGUAGUAAGCCUGGUCGUUAUAGAGGCAAAUUUACGUCUCGCUUUUGUAUGUUCCCCAAAGUGAAAUCUGCGGAUAGCAGCCCAGGAUUUGUUCCGGUCUACCUAAAUGUCUACGACUUAACCCCUGCCAAUGGCUACAUGUACUGGGCAGGACUUGGUAUCUAUCACACCGGUGUUGAAAUAUAUGGUGCGGAAUAUGCUUUUGGUGCUCAUGACUUUCCUACAAGUGGUGUGUUUGAGGUUGAACCCCGGCAAUGCCCUGGUUUUAAGUUUAGGAAAGCUAUAUUCAUGGGAACAACGUCUCUCGAGCCUAGUGAAGUUAGAGAGUUCAUGGAGCAACAAUCUAGAAACUACUAUGGUGAUACCUAUCACUUGAUAGUCAAGAACUGCAACCAUUUCUGUGAUGAUAUUUCGUACAAGUUAACAGGAAAGAGGAUCCCUAAAUGGGUUAAUCGACUUGCAAGGAUAGGUUCACACUGCAACUGCAUACUUCCGGAAAGUCUCAAAGCCUCGACUAUCCCGGACCCCCACAUUGAAGUAUAUGAAAGUGAAAAGAAGCACCUACGACCUUUCAGCUGUUUUUCGUCCUUCUCAAUGUCUCAGAAAGAAGAAUCAGUUUCUUCCUUCUUUUUACAUUCACACUAUAGUGGAUGUCUUCCACCUUGGGACUCAAAAAGAACAAGAUCUGGGUUUUUUGAAGAAGAUGACUGACAAUAAAAGAAAUCUGAGAUUUUUAGAGUUGUUAGUCAAUAGUUUCAUUUGUGAUCAUUGUGCAUAGAUCUUAGAGGGGUGAGUGUAAAUGUGCCGUCUCGCCAUUUUGUUUCGGUUAAAGUAGUUGGUUUUCUGUACAAGAGGACUCGACUCUCGAGUGUCCUUACAUAAGGGUGUUAUGCAUAAACGGAUAAACCUAGGAUUUGUUUCGUCAUUUUGUAUCUCAAGUUCAACGUUUCCUUGUGUGGAGGACAGGCCCAAGGGGCCGAGACAGUCGAUUCCUUUCCAGAUUGUUUACCAUCCAAGACCAUCUUAGGGCAAUGUUUGCGCAGCUUAGUCUUCAGUUUGCUUCUUCACAACGGAACAAGGGAUACCUCUAGUGGAAACCUCGAUAUUUAAAACAUCUCGUCAAUUCUUACAUUAUGUAAUUUUAAUCUUUGAUUUGAGAGUGCCCUUAUAAUCAUGAACCCAAAUACUUGAUUGAAGACUUGCCUUUGAGUUCUCGAAAUUUAGUGCCAUUUUGCAGCAUUGGCCGCUCCCUAAAAUAGUACGGAUGUUCAUUUCCGUCACUUCAUAUUGUACCACAAUCUAGGGCUUUCAAGAGUGGUGUUAAACUCAACUACGGGCUUCCAAAAGUCGUUAAAAUCAAUUUAUAAUUCGCAAGAGGGAUGAAUUAAGGGAACAAUGAUCCAAGAUCAUGCAUCUCAAUUCUCCUUAAAGAGGCCAUUUCUAAAAUCGGGCACUUCUAAACUCGCUCAUCUAUAAACAGGCAAAGAACCGACAAC